UAAAUAUGUUCAAAGCAUUGACUUGUAGACCCCAAACUCGCUUGUUACCUUACUCUCAUAUUCACAGGAGAACCUUCUUCAACUUCUUUAAGAGAGAUAAGAAGAGCAACCAAGAGCCUGUGUCUAAAGAAACGGACUCUGAAGAAAUUACCCAAACAAACAUUCAGGAAAAUUUGACUCAGAAACCAGCAAAUACAUCUCCUACUGGAGAAAGACAGUUCGUUAAGAAUUUGGAUCAAUCGGAGAAGAAAGAAUCGACUGAAUCUCAUCUUCAAACUCAAGAAACAAUGGACUCAGAGUUACUCAUGAGAGAAGAACCCACUCCGAUGGAGAUUCCAAAAGCCAGUGAGGUUGCUAGUGGCUCAUACAAAGACCCAAGGCUGCAAGAAUUUGAAGGAACUGAAAAGUUCAAGGAAAGCCUGACACAGAUGCAGGAAUUCAUCCCUGAAGCACCACAAUUAACUAAAUUUUCAAGACUUCGAAAGAUUGAUCCUGAACAGAAGGAAGUAUUGAAUAAUCUGAUUGCUUACACGAACAAAGAGCUCACAAUGAAAUUUAAGAGAGAACAUGUGUACAAUAUCAGCGGUCAUUCACUGUAUUUCCCCAAGAAAGAUGGAUCACAAAUCAGCACCAGUGAGGAAGCUCUCUACAAAGAAGUUGUAUUCGAGUCAGAUAAGACUGAGUUCCUUCGGAGUCAAGUAAAAGUUGACAAUCAGUUAAAAAGAAGACCUACUAAGAUCAGAAAUAUGCAAAAGUUUAACAAAGAGUUGAUCAAAAAUGCUCAGUUGCCAAAACACAUUAGGUUUGAUACCUGGACAUCUAAUAAAUUUGAGAAAUAUCUGGAUCCGUAUAAGUAUCUGGAUAAGCCAACAGACAAGCAGAAUAAAGCAUUUAUGAACAAAGAGAACCAAUAUAGGAAUUCCUUACUUUUCAAAGCAAAGAUGAAGGAAGAGAUUUUCUUACGAGAAAUUGAAAACAGGCAGUUCAACCCCAAACUCGUGCCUAUUUUCUACGAAAAGUUUUGAUAUUACAGAAAUAUCGAUAACCCAGCAGAUAACAUGACAAUAUACAGGUAUCCUGCUGAUAAGAUAACUGAUCGUGGAAAGAUUCCCACAGAGAACCUCGAGCAUGAGCAAAGAGUCUUCUUACUCAGCGAUCUUACACAUCUUUACGAUGAGUAUGCUCUCAAGAUCCCUGCUAUCAAGGAAUUCAUAGAGGAACUGAUGAAAUCUUUGGACGAAGGGAACCUUAGUCCAUUAUACUGGUUUAAUAUCAAUCAUGAUGAGAACUAUGCAGCUAUUGUAUUCGAUACAUUUGGAAAUGGAACGACUUAUGAUAUAGUCAUCAAAGACCUCAAGCUUGACAAGCUUCUGCCUAUCAUUGUGAGAAAUUCUGAAGGAGUCGUCUUUGACCAAUUUCAAGGUUUUUAUUAUCCAUUGAAAGACGCUGAAGGAAGAGCCUACAGAAUUUGUAGACACCAGUUAGGCACAAUGCAGAGUAAUGAUUCGUUGAUAUACGAAGAGACUAAUCCUGAUUUUGAAGUUGAGGUUAGUUCAUCUUCAAGCAAUGAAUACGUAUUUAUCAAUAUAAAAUCUCGAUUCAUGCCACUAACCAAUGAAGUCUGGUUCAAGCACACAAAAGAUACAGAGGGUGACUUUUCCCUGAUCAGCCCAAUGAAAUAUGGAAUUAACUACACAGUAAAGCAUAGUGAACAAUUUUUCUACAAAAUGACAAAUGAAGAGGAUGGAGUAAAUUAUAAAAUUACUAAAAUUCCACUUCCUAGUAAAUAUCUUUUACUAAAUGAACCAUCAAAUAAGGCGUCUGAGUUCAAGCCUAAGAGUCAUACAGCUCUUGAAGUUGUUAGGAAAGAAAGACUCCAGUUACCAGGAGAUAAACUGAUCACUCUUCCUGAAAGCCACUACUUUGAGAAUAGAAAGGAUGCUAUCGAAGUGAGAGGGACCAACCAACUCCAGAUAGUUCAACCUACUGAACUGAUUAAAACAGAUUAUGACGCUAAACUAUUAGAUUUUGAGGUAACCAAGCAUAACCUCUGUGUGCUAGAAGAGAGAAACCUUUCUGAAAGAUUAAGAAUCUUGACUUUAAAGAACAACAGAUGGAAUACAGUGACUCUUCCUGAAGAGUACUACACUCUCAAACUAGAGGACAACAUGACUUAUAACACUCAGUAUCUCAGAUACAGAGUUUCAAUGCCUCAUCUGCCUGAUAAGGUGAAUGAGCAUAAUAUGGGGACUCACAAGACGGACACAAUCCAUUUAGACCAUUAUUCUAAUUUUGACCCUUCGAAGUACAGAACUGAGAUGAUCACAGUUGAGGAUUGUCCCAUUGUGCUGAGUUAUAAUGUCAAUGAAUAUAAUGAAAAUAGUCCAUUUGUGCUGCAUACACUUGGAGCCGAUUCUAGCAAGAAAGACUUCCAAUUUGACCAAGCUAAGGUCAGUCUCAUGGACAGAGGUAUUGUGUACGCAUAUCCAAUGGUCAGAGGUACAAAAUAUCUGGAUGAUGAAUGGUACCUGAGUGGGCUAAACCUGAGAAGAAUUGAACAUUUCCUCGAUGUUAGUAUCUUCUUGAAAGAAAAACAACUCACCCCUUCUCUUGGCAUCUAUUCAGAAGGUCUGAGCGGAUCAGUCCUUGCCCUUUGUUCCAUGCUUAGAGAGCCUCUUUUAUAUGAUGCUAUUAGUAUUCAUAACCCCAUAACAGACUUGACUGGAUACCUUAAUUCAAGUGAUCUGUCUGCCAAUGAGAAAUCAGCUUUAACAGAAGAAUUUGGGUCUGUUGAAAAUGAAGAAAUUUACAAAAUUCUGAAGCUUAUGAACCCUUAUAUGCUUCCUAUUAGCCCAGAGCAGGAUUAUCCUACAGAUUUACUGCUAACAUACGAUCAUGAAGACACUAAAAAUUCAACAAAAAGUUCUUGUGCAGCUCAUUCAAAGAAGUUCAUUGCUAAGAUGAGAGAAGUAAACCACAAAGGAGACUUCAUGUUUGUUGAAGAACUACCUAGAUCUUACUCAUCAGGCCCAUACGCCGAUCCUUUAAUGCAGAGGACUAAGAGUUAUUCUUUCCUAGCCCUCUCGCUUCUCUUUAGAGGUACCAAAGAAAAGCGUUUGAUCCGUUCACCGCAAGAUCCUUCAGUGAAGUACUCUGACGCUUCCCAAAGGAGUAUGGAUGAGAAACUAAAGGAAUAUGAUAUGUAGCUUCAAGUAAACAUUUUGAUCAAAGAAAGAACUCAAUAUUAA